AAAGCCUCUGGCAGUGGCUGGGAGGGGAACUGGAGGAGGGACAGAGGCAUGGGGAAGGCUGCACAAAGGAAUUCCUCACCCCAAGCCCCCUGACCGCCAGCACUGGCGAGAAAAGAAGCAAAUCUGCUCUCCCUCCCACUUGCUCCCUCCCAACUUCCCACCAUGGCUGGGCUCAGGCCCUUAGAGCCGCGGCAGGCCUUCGGAGUGGACCCACAGAUCUUCCUGUAGGUGGCAACAGUGACACCUGUUUGACCGGUGAGGCUGAGCCAAGGACUGGGAGAGGGAGGAGGCAGACAACUCGGAGAGGAGCUGGGAAGCAGAACUGCGCUGAGUAAAGGCCUUCACCAUGGCCGAGUCUCCUGGCUGCUGCUCUGCCUGGGCUCGCUGUCUCCACUGCCUGUAUAGCUGCCACUGGAGGAAAUGCCCCAAUGAGAGGAUGCAAACCAGCAAGUGUGACUGUAUCUGGUUUGCCCUGCUCUUCCUCACCUUCCUCCUGUCCCUUGGCUGGCUGUACAUCGGGCUCAUCCUUCUCAAUGACCUGCACAACUUCAAUGAAUUCCUGUUCCACCACUGGGGACAUUGGAUGGACUGGUCCUUGGUAUUCCUGCUGGUCAUCUCUCUGUUGGUCACCUAUGCAUCCCUGCUAUUGCUCCUGGCCCUGCUCCUGCAGCUCUGUGGACAGCCUCUGCACCUGCACAGUCUCCACAAGGUGCUGCUGCUCCUCAUUAUACUUCUUGUGGCCACUGGCCUUGUGGGACUGGACAUCCAAUGGCAGCAGGAGUGGUGUAGUUUACAUUUGUCACUGCAGGCCACAGCCCCAUUCCUUCACAUUGGAGCAGUCGCUGGAAUCACCUUCCUGGCCUGGCCCGUGGCUGAUACCUUCUACCGCAUCUAUCCAAGAGGUCCCAAGAUUCUGCUACUGGUCCUAUUUUUUGGAAUCACCCUGCUUGUUUACCUGGCCCCCCUAUGCAUCUCCUCACCCUGCAUCAUGGAACUCAGAGACUUACCCCCAAAACCUGGGCUGGUGGGACACCGAGGAGCCCCCAUGCUGGCCCCGGAGAACACCCUGAUGUCCUUGCGGAAGACAGCUGAAUGUGGAGCUACUGUAUUUGAGACGGAUGUGAUGGUCAGCUCCGAUGGAGUCCCCUUUCUUAUGCAUGAUGAGCGGCUGAGCAGGACCACGGAUGUAGCCUCUGUGUUUCCAGAGCGAAUCACAGCCCACAGCAGUGACUUCUCCUGGGCUGAACUGCAGAGACUCAAUGCUGGAUCCUGGUUCCUAGAGAGGCAACCCUUCUGGGAGGCCAAAGAGCUGUCAGGCCUGGAUCGGGAGGAGGCUAAGAAUCAGACAGUACCAGCAUUAAAAGAGCUAUUGAAGAAAGCAGCAGCCCUCAACCUUUCCAUCAUGUUUGACUUGCGCCGACCCCCAAGAAACCACACACACUAUGACACUUUUGUGAAUCAGACAUUGGAGACUGUGUUGAGUGCAAGCGUGCCUCAAGCCAUGAUCCUUUGGCUACCAGAUGAAGAUCGUGCUAAUGUCCAACAACGAGCACCCAGAAUGCGCCAGAUAUAUGGACACCAGAGAGGCAACAGGACUGAGAGGCCCCAUUUUCUCAACCUCCCCUAUCAAGACCUGCCAUUGCUGGAUAUCAAAGCAUUGCACCAGGAUAACGUCUCAGUGAACCUAUUUGUAGUGAACAAGGCCUGGCUCUUCUCCCUGCUCUGGUGUGCAGGGGUGGAUUCAGUCACCACCAAUGACUGCCAGCUGCUGCAGCAGAUACAUCACCCCACCUGGCUCAUUCCUCCUCGAACAUAUUUAAUGAUAUGUAUCAUUACCAAUUCUGUAUCCAUCCUGCUGCUUUUGUGGGCCUUCCUCCUCCAAAGGAGACGUGCUGAGAGAGAGAAAACUGGCAGAGAAACAGCUGUGCUGCUGACCAAGAUCAACAAUUUCACCACAGAGUGAAUGCCCUGCCCUGGCCCUCACCAGCUGCAGUCAAAGGGAAGGAAAGGAGCUGAAGUGGAAUAUCCUGGGUUAACGAGUUUGGAAGAGGGAAGCUUUUCGAACAGGAGGUUUUGACCCAAGAGGGCUCUCUGUUCAGAUGGUGGGCAUGUCUCAAGCUGCCAUGGAAUUUGCUACCUUUGGCAUUUUGACAUGAAGUAGUUGGGAAGACAGUGAGUGUCAGGAAUUUCAAAUUGAAAUUAGAAUGAGAAAGUCGAAAGAGAUUACCAAGAUAAUGCCUCAGGCUUGUGUGCACUUGUACUUGGGUAGAAGGCACAGGGUGUGUCAGGGUGGGUAGCUUUGUGACUGAAAAAAAAUGGCAAAAUGGACUUUUCUGGAUGGACGACACUCCAUACCCUUUUUAUCUCCACUCUUGCAAGUUAGCUGCUUUCUUGUGUACAGGUUGGGAUCUAAAGAGCCUAUUUAGCUAUGUAAUUCUGUGCCUAAGGGUGGCUUUUAUUGUGAGAAGUGAAUGGUUCCUCUAUCUUGCUUGUUAAUCUGUUAUUCAGUGAAUUUAAUUGUCAUUGAGUCACAGUCUAAUGAUUUUGGUGCAGGGGCUGGAAAGAAGCUAUUCCAUCUACAGUUGGAAGUAACAUGACAUUGAAAGGUCACCAAUGGGGAGAUUAGCAGGCGGACGAUGGGAGUACUACCCCAGGGCAAGCAGAAACCGAGCGGCAGCACUCCUGGCGGCCCUGGCGCGUCAUGCUGGCUUGCGUUGUAGCUCCACCUUGUGGUCAUUCACCCCAAGAGGGCAAUGUCAGUCAUCACAGUGAC